GCAACCGUCUGAGGCCCGGAGCGCUCUGGGCCAGGCCGACUUAGCCUCCCGGCCCCAGCUCACCGAGCCACAGGUUUUCGCAGGAAUCUUGGGAAACCAAAAUGAGGCACAAUCAGAUGUGUUUUGAGACACCACCUACUGUCACUGUUCAUGUAAAAUCGGGAUCAAAUAGAUCACAUCAGCCUAAAAAACCCAUUAAUCUAAAGCGUCCUGUUUUUAAAGAUAGUUGGCAAGCAUCUGAAAAAAAUGAACAUAAUAACAGCACAUCUAAACGCCCCAAAGGACCUUGUUUAGUUAUACAGCGUCAGGAAAUGACUGCUUUCUUUAAAUUAUUUGAUGACGAUUUAAUUCAAGAUUUCUUGUGGAUGGACUGCUGCUGUAAAAUUGCAGACAAGUAUCUUUUGGCUAUGACCUUUGUUUAUUUCAAGAGGGCUAAAUUUACUAUAAAUGAGCAUACCAGGAUAAAUUUCUUUAUUGCUCUGUAUCUCGCUAAUACAGUUGAAGAAGAUGAAGAAGAAUCCAAGUAUGAAAUUUUUCCCUGGGCUUUAGGGAAAAACUGGAGAAAACUGUUCCCUAAUUUCUUAAAGUUAAGGGACCAGCUCUGGGACAGAAUUGACUAUAGGGCUAUUGUAAGCAGGCGAUGCUGUGAGGAGGUUAUGGCCAUUGCACCAACCCAUUAUAUAUGGCAACGAGAGCGCUCUGUGCAUCACAGUGGAGCUGUCAGAAACUACAACAGAGAUGAAGUUCAGUUGCCCCGGGGACCUAGUGCCACACCAGUAGCUUGUUCACUCUGUGGUAAAACAGGAAGAUAUGUUAGACUGGGAUUGUCUACAUCAUCAUCAUCCAGUGAUACGGUAGAGGUGAUGGAAAAACAUUCUCAGGAGUUACACAACUCAAUCCCAAUGGACAUAAUAGUUGAUCCUUCUCAAGUUUAUAGAUAUUCUCAAGUAGCCAAUGACCAUCAAUCAAAUGAAGAAAAGAAAACUAAUUUCAUGAAGACAGACAAAUCUAUGGAGUGGUUUACUGGAAGUGAAGAAUGA